UCGUCACCUUCAUUCUCUCUCUCUCAAGAUCUUGCUCCGGUCAUGAAGUCAUCGGAAUUCCAAUACCACGAGGAAUACAUAAGAAAUUCUCGAGGGGUAGAGUUGUUCGCAUGUAGAUGGAUCCCAUCAUCUUCGUCUUCUCCCAAAGCUCUGGUUUUCCUCUGCCAUGGUUAUGGAAUGGAGUGUAGCGACUCCAUGAAAGAAUGCGGAAUCAGGCUGGCUUCAGCCGGAUACGCGGUUUUUGGUAUGGACUAUGAAGGUCAUGGAAGGUCCAUGGGAUCUCGUUGCUACAUCAAGAAGUUUGCUAAUGUUGUGAACGAUUGUUAUGACUACUACACAUCUAUUUGUGCGCAAGAGGAGUACAUGGACAAAGGCAGAUUCUUGUAUGGAGAAUCCAUGGGAGGUGCAGUCACUUUAUUGCUUCACAAAAAAGAUCCUUUGUUUUGGAACGGCGCCAUUCUAGUUGCUCCUAUGUGUAAGAUAUCUGAGAAGGUGAAGCCACACCCCGUAGUGAUUAAUCUGUUAACUAGAGUCGAAGAAAUCAUACCGAAAUGGAAAAUAGUUCCAACAAAAGACGUGAUUGACGCUGCUUUCAAGGACCUCGUCAAGCGAGAAGAGGUAAGGAACAACAAACUGAUAUAUCAAGACAAGCCUAGGCUCAAAACAGCACUUGAGAUGCUCAGGACAAGCAUGAACCUCGAAGACACUCUCCACGAGAUAACAAUGCCAUUCUUUGUAUUACACGGAGAAGCAGAUACAGUGACGGAUCCAGAGAUAAGCAAAGCUCUGUACGAGAAAGCUAGCACAAAGGACAAGACUCUCAAGUUGUAUCCUGGGAUGUGGCACGCUCUGACGUCAGGUGAGCCUGACUGUAAUGUGGACCUUGUUUUUGCUGACAUCAUCAAUUGGCUUGAGCUUCGAACCGCUGACCCAGCCUCUCUCACUGUCACUCCUAUACGAGUUGGUAACACUACGACCGUCGAGAGGGUUACUACUGUUAGUAACGGUCAAAGGAGGUCUAAACGUCCCUUCUUCAAUCUCCUUUGUGGUUUGAACCGUGGCCGUUUGGUUCCACGAUCCUCUGUGUAAUAAAAUUUUAUGAAGGCAACAGAAACAAUUUAUGGAAAAGAGAGUUAUGAUUUCGUGUGGAUUAUUAAAAGAUUUGUCAGCUUGUUGAUAAGGCCCGUUGUUGUGUUUAAUAUAAAACAUUGGAAAAC